AUGGCCUCUGAAAGCACACCCGCACCGCCACAGGAGCCGCCAAAGGAGAAUAAGCCGGAGGAAGCUGUGCAAACAGAAGUGAAUAAAAAUGAAAAUACAGGGCCUGCCGAAAAGGCUGUUGAUAUCUCCGGCCUCCCAUUAUCCGCUGCUGACGGCUUGAUCAAAACCCUCUUCCGUGGACCACUUGACUCUUGCAAGCCUAUCCCGCCAGCAGAGCUAACCGCCGAACAGCAAUCUAAGUACGACAGCCUCCUUGCAUUGGUGAGAGGGUGGACAGCGAUUCCGGCUACGUCUGCAAAGAAUGCACCUCGUGAGCCACUGAGCGAUGAUGAAUGCAUGUUCCUCACACGAGAAUGCCUGCUCCGAUACCUUCGUGCUACAAAGUGGAAUGUUGCUAGUGCAGAGACCCGACUGCAGGCAACCCUGACAUGGCGUCGCGAAUACGGUGUGAAGGAGCAUACUCCGGAAUACAUCUCAAUUGAGAAUGAAACUGGCAAACAAGUGAUCCUGGGUUACGAUAUUCACGCUAGGCCCUGCCUGUACCUUAACCCUAGCAAGCAAAAUACUGAGCACAGCCCCCGCCAGAUCGAGCAUCUCGUCUUCAUGAUUGAGCGCGUCAUCGAUCUCAUGGGCCCUGGCCAAGAGUCUCUUGCAUUACUCGUGAAUUUUAAGGAGACUAGUUCUGGGCAGAAUGCGACUUUGUCUCAGGGAAGGCAAACUUUGAGCAUCCUGCAAAAUCAUUAUCCAGAGCGCCUCGGCAGAGCUCUAGUCAUUAAUAUGUCCUUUUUCAUUCUUGGUUUCUUCAAGUUGAUCACUCCUUUUAUCGACCCAUUGACGAGGGAGAAGUUAAAAUUUAAUGAAGACAUGCGCCAGCACGUUCCGCCUUCUCAACUGCUUAAAGCAACUGGUGGAGAUGUUGAUUUUGAGUAUGACCAUUCUAUCUAUUGGCCAGCUUUGAAUGCGCUGGCUGCCCAAAAACGACAGGCCUACCGCGAGCGAUGGAUCCAGGGAGGCAAGUUUAUUGGUGAACAUGAAGACUACCUCAAGGGUGGGUCUGGAAAGAGCCUUAGGGAGACACCCACUACAGCGGGCGAGGCUGGUCUUGAGGAGAAGAUGGAGAGUUUGGCGGUGGACGGCGCAAUUAAACCCCAGCAAGAGAUCACGACAACGGUUACCUAA